AUGGACUUAGUUGGUCGAAGCCUUGUACUGGUUUCUAAAAGAAGAUCCAUAGGUGGGGUCAAAACAUGUCGAGUUCAUGACAUGCUACAUGAUUUGUGCCUGGCAAGAUCUAAGGAAGAAAUGUUUCUCCAGCCAAUUACCAAGCGUGAUGAGCCAUUUGCUUCUUUUGAUGGUUUAGAUAAUGAUGUUGAUUUUGAUCAUUAUUACCCUUCAAAACCAUUAAUAUAUGAAAGACAUCGGCUUUGCAUUUGUUUGGAGAGAAGGCAUUUCAUCAAAUCAAAACCUUCUGGUCCAAGAACAAGGUCUCUGCUAUUUUCUGCAAUUACUGAUAGGUAUCCCAGAUGCCCAUAUGAUAUCACAUUCAUUUUUCAAAAUUUUAAGCUCCUCAGGGUGUUGGAUUUGGAAUCCAUCAAUAUGGGCAUGUUCUUUCCCGUUGGAAUUGAUUUAUUAGUUCAGCUAAGGUACUUAGCAGUCAGUGGGGAUCUGGAUUCUAUUCCACCAUCAAUAGCCAGCCUCUGGAAACUAGAGACGUUUCUUGUGAAGGGAUUAAAAGGUAUGAUUGUAUUACCAGGUAUUAUUUGGAGCAUGAGAAUGUUAAGACAUGUUCAUGUAAAUAGUUCUGCUGUGUUUGAUUUGCAAGACGACCCACUUGAAAGUUCCUUGGUAUUGGAUAACUUAGUAACUCUUUCCACACCAGCUCUUUCUGGAGGGAAGGAGACAUUGAAGAUAAUGAGGAGAUUUCCCAAUCUUCACAGGUUAAGAUGCAUCAUUUUUGAAUCUCCGAAUUCUUCUAUGGGAUGUAAUCAAUUUCCACAAUUUGGCAUUCUGAAUCAGCUUGAAUCACUCAACAUCUCUGGUAGGGCCCUUAAUCAGGGAGAAUUGAGUUUCCCCCUGAAUUUGAAAAAGUUGACUUUGUCCAAGCUUCGCCUGCCAUGGAAACAUAUGUCUGCUAUUGGGAGACUACAAAACCUUGAGGUUCUCAAAUUACUUUCUAAUGCCUUUGAGGGCCGGAGAUGGGACAUGAAGGAAGGGGAGUUCCUAAAGCUGAAAUUCUUGAAGUUAGAUUCUCUGGAUGUUGUUGAGUGGAAUGCCACUUGCGAUCACCUUCCCAACCUUCAGCAAUUACUUUUGCGACACUGUAAAGAACUUGAGGCAGUUCCAUUCUCUUUUGGGGAAAUACCUACUAUCAAUGGUAUCAAUGGCAGAGAUUGUGGCAGAGGUUAUGGGAAAGAUUGUGGCAGAUAUUAUGGGAAAGAUUAUGGCAGAUUAUAUGGCAGAGGUUAUGGGAAAGAUUGUGGCAGAUAUUAUGGGAAAGAUUAUGGCAGAUUAUGGCAGAGACAAUCUGCAGAGACUUUGGGUAUCAGACUUACAGGGAAGAAUUAUGCAACAUGGGAAUUUCAGUUCAGAAUGUUUCUGAAAGGGAAGGAGCUUUGGGGUCUUCUACUGCUUCUGGAACUGAGAAAGAAAUAA